AUGUACUCUACCGCCAUCUGUCAUGUGGUUGCGAUGCCUUAUCCAGGCCGAGGCCACAUCAACCCUUUGAUGAACCUCUGCAAAUUGUUAGUUUCUAGAAAACAAGAUAUUAUCAUCACCUUUGUUGUCACAGAAGAGUGGCUAGGAUUAAUCGGCUCCAAUCCUAGGCCUGAUAACAUACGCUUCAGAACAAUUCCUAAUGUCAUCCCAUCUGAGAGGGUUAGGGCACAAGAAUUUCCUGGCUUCUAUGAAGCUGUCAUGACAAAGAUGGAAGCUCCUUUUGAACAGCUUCUUGAUCGGCUUGAACCACCUGUGACUGCCAUCAUUGCAGAUCUUGAGUUAAGGUGGCCAAUCAAUCUGGGGACUAGAAGGAAUAUUCCAGUGGCUGCACUUUGGACAGCGUCAACAUUAUAUUUCUCUUUGCUCUAUCAUUUUUAUCAGUUCUCAAAAGAACAUCUUGCAGUCUUGAACCUGCCAGAUCAUGUGGACUACAUCCCUGGAAUUUCUUCAUCAAAUAUAGCGGACCUUAAAACAGUGUUCCACAAAAAUGACAAUGGAGUCUUGCAGCUUCUCCUGGAUUGCAUUUCAAGGGUGCCAAAAGCACAAUAUCUUCUAUUCACUUCCAUCUACGAGCUUGAACCGCAAGUUACCAACAACUUAAUAUCAGCUUUUCCGUUUCCUGUCUACCAUAUUGGUCCUGCUAUACCUUACCUAGAACUUAAAAAUGACGCCUUUGGAAGUAAUUGUAAUAGUGCCAAUGAACCUGACUAUAUAAGAUGGCUAGAUUCUAAAGCUGCAGAUUCUGUUCUUUACAUCUCAUUAGGCAGCUUCCUCUCUGUUUCAAGUGCCCAAAUGGAUGAAAUUCUUGCUGGCUUGCAAACUAGUAGUGUUUGUUUCAUGUGGGUGACUCGUGGAGAGGCUUCUCAGUUGAAAGAAAUUUGUGGACAUAAAGGGUUAGUACUGCCCUGGUGUGACCAAUUAAAGGUGUUAUGCCAUUCUUCUGUGGGGGGUUUUUGGACACAUUGUGGAUGGAAUUCUACGCUCGAAGCUGUAUUUGCUGGAGUUCCUAUGCUUACAUUUCCUCUGUGCUUUGAUCAAGAUCCUAAUAGUAACCAAAUUGUGGAAGACUGGAAAAUUGGGUGGAGAGUGAAGAAAGAGAUUGGAAGUCAAAAUAUAGUUACAAGAGAGGAAAUUUCAGAUCUUGUACAAAGGUUUAUGGAUUUGAGUAGCAAUGAGGGAAAAGAAAUGAGAAGAAAUGUAAGACAAGUAAGAGAUACCUGUCAUGGUGCAAUUGCGGAAGGUGAAGGUGGAUCAUCUGUAAUCAACCUUAAUGCAUUCAUCCGGGACAUUUUAAAAGGACAAAGCCACAAAUAGAAUUCUUUAGUAAAAGGGCGAAGAACGUGUGGACUACAUCCCAGGAGUUUCUUCAACACGUCUGAUGGACUUUCCGUUGCAU